UUGACCCCCUCUCCUCGCCUCCAUAUUGGAAAGAAGGAACCAAGAAAGAGAGAGAGAGCGAUCAGCGGAGGGCCCGCCCGCGCUUCGCGCCCGAUGGAGGAGAUCUCCGCCGAGCACCACCCCGUCAUCCCUCCGCCCGCCGACGGGGCGGGCCCCUCCUCGUUGCCCCAGCAGGCGUCGCCGUCGCCGUCGGUGAGCCCCGCCGGUUCACGCUACGACGACGAGGAGGAGGACGAGGGCGACGUGUGCCGGAUCUGCCGCAACCCUGGCGACGCCGAGAACCCUCUCCGCUACCCCUGCGCCUGCAGCGGCAGCAUCAAAUACGUCCACCAGGACUGCCUCCUCCAGUGGCUCAACCACAGCAACGCUCGCCAGUGCGAGGUGUGCAAACACACAUUUUCUUUCUCCCCUGUUUAUGCUGAGAAUGCUCCUGCAAGACUUCCCUUCCAGGAGUUUGUGGUUGGGAUGGCAAUGAAAGCAUGUCAUGUCCUCCAAUUUUUCCUCCGGCUUGCUUUUGUUCUUUCUGUUUGGCUCCUUAUAAUACCUUUUAUUACUUUCUGGAUAUGGCGCUUGACAUUUGUGAAGAGUCUUGGUGAAGCUCAAAGGCUGUUUCUGAGUCACAUAUCUGCACCUUUGAUUCUAACUGAUUGCUUACAUGGGUUCCUACUUUCUGCUAGCAUCGUGUUUAUAUUUCUUGGGGCAACCUCAUUAAGGGAUUAUUUUAGACACCUACGUGAACUUGGAGGACAUGAUGCUGAGAGGGAUGAUGAAGGUCAUGAAAGGCAUGGUGCUCGUGCUGUGAGAAGACUUCCUGGCCCUGCUAACAGGAUCCAUGCUGGUGAUGGGAAUGCUGAAGAUGCAGGUGGGGCCCAAGGAAUCGCUGGGGCAGGUCAAAUUAUAAGAAGAAAUGCAGAAAAUGUUGCUGCACGUUUGGAAAUGCAAGCUGCUCGUCUUGAAGCACAUGUUGAACAGAUGUUUGAUGGACUGGAUGAUGCAGAUGGUGCAGAAGAUGUACCGUUUGAUGAGCUUGUUGGCAUGCAAGGGCCUGUAUUCCAUUUGGUUGAAAAUGCUAUAACCGUAUUGGCAAGCAAUGCAAUAUUCCUGGGUGUUGUAGUUUUUGUACCCUUUUCAUUAGGAAGGAUAGUACUCUACUAUCUGUCAUGGUUCUUUUCAUCUGCAUCUAGUCCAAUGUUAGCAAAAGUCAUGCCUCUUACAGAAUCAGCCCUUUCAUUGGCUAACACUACCUUCAAGAAUGCACUUACUGCUGUAAAGAACUUGUCGGCUGAAAGCGAUAAUGAGGGUGUUCUUGGUCACAUGGUGGAGGCAGUUGCAGGAUCAUUGAAAUUGAAUGCAACUGUAUUAGAUGAAGUCUCUAAUAGUCUUAGAACACAUGUUGCAUCAGAUCUAUUUAAAGGAACAUUUCUUGGCUAUUCACGCCUUUCAGAUGUCACUACACUUGCAGUUGGGUAUAUGUUCAUAUUUUCUAUGGUAUUCUUCUAUCUUGGUCUCCUCACUUUGAUUCGAUACACUAGGGGCGAGCGUUUGAUUAUGGGGAGGUUUUAUGGGAUGGCUACAAUAGCAGAGGCAAUCCCAUCUCUUUUCAGACAGUUUGUGGGAGCAAUGAGGCAUCUGAUGACUAUGGUUAAGGUCGCUUUUCUUCUGGUGAUUGAACUUGGAGUCUUUCCGUUGAUGUGUGGGUGGUGGCUUGAUGUAUGUACUUUAAGGAUGCUGGGUGCAACAAUUUCUCAAAGGGUCAAGUUCUUUUCUAUGUCCCCAUUAUCAAGUUGUUCAAUGCAUUGGCUUGUUGGAAUUGUUUACAUGCUCCAAAUAAGCAUUUUUGUCAGCCUUCUUCGAGGGGUAUUGCGAAAUGGAGUUCUAUAUUUUCUACGGGACCCAGCAGAUCCAAAUUAUAAUCCAUUUCGUGAUCUAAUUGAUGACCCUGUGCAUAAACAUGCCCGACGAGUUUUGCUGUCUGUUGCUGUUUAUGGAAGCUUGAUUGUGAUGCUAGUCUUUUUACCUGUCAAACUUGCUAUGCGAUUAGCACCUUCCAUGUUUCCAUUGGACAUCACUGUUUUUGACCCUUUUACGGAGAUACCUGCGGAUGUGCUUCUGUUCCAAAUCUGCAUUCCAUUUGCGAUUGAGCAUUUCAAGCCACGAGCGACGAUUAAAUCCCUUUUGCGUCAUUGGUUUAUGGCAGUCGGCUGGGCUCUUGGCUUAACUGAUUUCUUACUACCCAGACCUGUGGAAAAUUCUGGGCAGGAAAUUGGGAAUGCAGAACUAGCAAGACGAGACAGGAUGCAUGAUGCAAAUCAAGGUGGAGCUGGCCAGCCUGACCUGCCUUUGGUGCCAUUAAUUGCUGUUGAUGAUCAUAACAGGAGAGGUCAUCCUAUUGGAAAUGCUGAUGUUGCUGAAGAUUCUGAUGUAGAUGAUCAGGCAGAUUCUGAGUAUGGUUUUGUACUCCGUAUUGUGUUAUUGCUGGUGUUAGCAUGGAUGACUCUUCUGCUCUUUAAUUCAGCAAUGAUUGUUGUACCUAUUUCACUUGGGCGCACACUGUUUAAUGCCAUCCCUCGCCUCCCAAUUACUCAUGGUAUCAAGUGCAAUGAUUUAUUUGCAUUCAGUAUUGGGUGUUACAUCAUCUGGGCUGUCGUAGCUGGAGCCAGAUAUUCAAUUGAAUACAUUAAAACCCGGAGAGCACACGUUCUGGUAUCACAGAUUUUGAAGUGGUGUGCAAUUGUUCUCAAGAGUUCUGCCCUUCUGUCUAUAUGGAUUUUUGUUAUCCCUGUGCUGAUUGGUCUCCUUUUUGAGCUUCUGGUGAUUGUGCCGAUGAGGGUGCCUGUGGAUGAAAGCCCAGUUUUCCUCCUAUACCAGGAUUGGGCUCUGGGGCUGAUAUUUCUUAAGAUAUGGACUAGACUGGUUAUGUUGGAUCAUAUGGCACCAUUGGUGGAUGAAAGAUGGCGCAGAAAGUUUGAGAGGGUGCGAGACGAUGGGUUCUCCCGGCUGAGAGGGCUUUGGGUCCUGCGUGAGAUUGUGAUCCCAAUUGUGUCAAAGCUGCUGACUGCACUCUGUGUGCCUUAUGUGUUUGCAAAGGGCAUCUUCCCUCUCUUUGGCUACCCAUUAAUGGUUAACUCUGCUGUGUACCGGUUUGCAUGGCUGGGCUGCCUCCUUGUCAGUGUGAUGUGCUUCUGCGCCAGGCGGUUCCAUGUUUGGUUCACUAACCUCCACAAUGCCAUAAGGGAUGACCGCUAUCUGAUAGGCCGAAGGUUGCAUAACUUUGGGGAGGAAAAGGUGGAGAACAGCGAGUCAGAGAUCAUCAGUCCGCGUAACCAAGACAUGAACCCAGCUGAUGCUGGUGUGAUGCAGCGUGAACAAGAAGCAGAUGGGCUUAGGCAGAGACAUCCUAAUCAGCAUCCUAACCACCAACAGAGGCUGGCCAUAUAGCUGGAAGAUUACCCAGAGAAUUUUGCUGCUGCUGCUGCUGCUAUUUGAAUUUGUUAUUGCACUUAAGAUACAAUGCCACGAUGGAGGGGAAGACGCCGGAUGUUCCCUGUUUGAGAAUUCCUGGAAUUGUGAAGUGAACCGCAUUAGGGAUUUCCUCCUUGUGGGUAGAUUGAAGUGCUGUCUGUAAUUGUGAAUAGGGUGCUGCACCACCAAAGCAUUCGUGGACUUUUGUGGUGUAAUGAGAGGCUUGGUGGAACUGAGUUCUCACCACGCGAGCGUAAAUGGUUUUAGUAGGGAAGGAUUCCGGUGUGUGCUGUUAAAAACACUUCAUAUGAGCUAUGUGAAGGAGUUCAGCUCUGUAAAUGUAACGCCAUAAUAUUUCUAAGAUGGUGAAUGCAGCGCGUCCCAAAUCGGUCAAGGAGCUGUUGGCGAUGCACGACAGUUGCAUGCCAGGUUACAUGUAGUGAGUCUUUGAUAAUCAUAUAUAAAUUUUAUGGAGAAAAUUAGAUGAUGUUAUAGUA